AUAUGUGCUCUGCAUUACCGUCUUUCACACCACUUCAAUUGCAGACUGGUCCAAGCACGCCAAGGUAGGCUUGCAUAGUACGCUGGUCUCAGGCUAUCCAUCAAGCGUAGUCCCUACCCCGUGUGGCUAGAUGAGCCAGCGAAGGCGAUGUGUCCGGGAGCAUCGUAGGACACCUGGAUCUCACGGCGUACGCCCGAAUCAUUGACAUUGCGGCCGUGAGCUUGCUAUUGACAAUCGGCCAACAUUGCUUCGACACCUUGUGUGGUGGUCUACAACACUGAAGCAAAAUGGAUGUCGCUGCCGAUGCAGAGGGGGAGACUUGCAGGAUCUGCAGGAGCGGCCCUGAGCCAGACGCCCUGCUCUACCAUCCUUGCAAGUGUACCGGCUCGAUCAGAUCGUGCCAUCAAGCAUGCUUGAUUGAAUGGCUCCAACAUAGUAAGAAGAAAUACUGCGAGCUCUGUAACCACUCGUACGUUUUUCACAAACGCUAUAAAGCGUCUAUGCCGGCUGGGCACCUGCCAUGGCGUCAUUACCUGCGGCGCUUGUUCUUCCGGACGCUUCAGGUGCUGCGAUACCUCUUGCGUGCCGUGCUAUGCGCCUUAUCAUGGCUCGUAGUACUGCCGCUCGUCAACAUCUUCACUCUAAGAGGGCUUUUGUGGACCUCGGACGGUAUCCUCUGGGGUAUCAAUGCCGGCCCGGCACCCGAUGCUAUGGCCUGGUUCAUCGUCAAUUCCAACACUACAAAGGACGCAGCGGCACAAGCGCCUGCAGUUUCACCAGCGGUCGAAGAUGACCAAGCGAAAGUGCAAGGCCAGGCUCUUUUUGAAGCGCUUUUCCAGGAGCAUAAAGGCCUCGUUAAUGGGUUAAUCAAGGACUGCUUCGAGGGCCAAAUCUUGAGCUGCAUUAUCGUCGUCCUUUUUGUAGGCGUCUUCCUGCUUAGGGAGUGGGUGCUACAGCAUCUGCCUCAAGCUCCAGAACCAGCGGGGGAGCCCGAUCAUGCGCCAGUUGCCGCUCCUGCGAACCCUUUGGCAAGGCAGAAUGUUGCGCGAGUUGACCCGCACGCGCAGCCCGCGCUCGCGACCCCACUUGAUAACAUAGGAGAGCGAAGAGAAGCGCUUGAAGAUACGCCAGAACAGGUGCGGACUGCCCUAGGCGCGCGCGAGCUAAAGGGUCAAGGAGGCGCUACUGGGGACGAUAACCAUGCAGGGGGCCCCACCUGGCCUCCCACGUCAUCUUCCGUCGUUGAUGAGACAGGGUCUUUGCAAGUCUCUAACCCAAACUUGCCACAAAACGGACCAGGCGAGGGGCCUGGUUUGGACGACAUGAGAAGACGAAGAUUUCAGGCACUUGGGCUGGCACCUCUGGAUCCUGAGGAGCAGAAUUUCGCGAAUCGGUCCGAGUCACUUCCCGGUCCGUCCAAUCGAUCAGAAGAAGAGGCCUUCAUCUUGGAUCGACGUGACAGCGUCACUGAAGAACACUUGUUGGACAACUUGCAGCUGGACUCUAUGGGCACACUAGCCGACGCAGACGACGCGAUGUCCUCGCAUAGUAGCGACGAAGAAAACGAUGCGUGGGAGGACGUCACUUCGGACGAAGAAGGCGCACAGUUUGCGGUCCCUAGGAUACUGCAACGGAGGAUCCUUAACAUCGACGGGCCUGAUGGCCUCCAAGUUGCCAACGAGGUGCCCAUCAAUGGCGCAAAUGAGGACGGCCAUCCUGAUGAACUAAUGGGGGACGACCUGGACCCAUGGGAAGAGGCGGAUGCCCAACAGGCAUGGGAGGAUGAAGUCAUGGGAGUCUUUGAAACUGUUGGCUUGCACGGCCCACUAAGUGCCUUGUGGCAGAAUCUCGCGCUUAUCACUGUGCUGUCCAGCUUUGCGCUCCUGGUUUUCGCUGCGGUGCCCUUCAUCAUUGGAAGACUUUUUGGCACGGGAGAGAGGCUCAUUUGGCUCGUAAAGCUUCCCAUCCGAGGACUGCGCAUCAUCACAGAUCCGCUCUUCGACGGCCUCAUCGCUCUCCUCAGCAAAAGCCUGAGCCAGCUCAUCGGCACUAUGGUUGGUCCCAAUCCCAAUCAAGCAGCCCAAUCUUCGAUCGUUUCCCAAGUCAAGUCCAAUGCAGGGCAUGCGAAGGAGUCAUUCACUUGGCUGCCAAGGCAUUCAGUCAUUGCCGCUCAGAAGGUCGCCAACUCGUCCGCCAGCUGGAUGUCUUCUCGCUUCUGGAAUCUGCACGCCUGGGUCAACGGGAGGAUCUAUGGGAAGAGGAUGGUUGACAGGGCCACUGCCGUCGCUGUUGGGCAUCUGUACUGGAUUCUUGCCCUAAUGGCUCAGCAGCGAGCAUCGCGCUAUUUCAACAGCAGCAUCUUCAGCUGGGCGCAAAGCUUCAUUGAUGAACAGCUUGUCAUCGUCAAAGUUGGCUUCUUUAUCGGCAUUGAGCUUGCGGCAUUCCCGCUCGGCUGCGGAUUCAUUCUCGACCUCUGCGCUCUGCCGCUCUGCAUGGGUAUCACCAUCGCCGACCGCAUAAGUAGUCUCUGUGCUGCGCCCUUGACUUUCUUGUUCGUCCACUGGGUAGUAGGCACCCUUUACAUGUUCCUUUUCGCCCAAUUUGUCAGCCUGACUCGCGACAUCGCUCGCCCCGGUGUGCUCUGCUGGAUCCGGGAUCCGCACGACCUCAAUUUCCAACCAGUAAAGGAGAUUCUCGAUCGGAAGAGCACAACACACAUGGCCAAGCUCGGCACGUCGGUGCUCAUGUAUACAGCCGUCCUUAUCGGCACUGUCGGCUUCCCUUCUGUGGCUCUUCGAUUUUGGGCGUCCUUCAUUCUUCCUUUGCGCACGUCGGCCCGCGAGCACACGACCUACUCUCUCCUUGAUCUCGUCGCGAUUUUGAUCGUCGUGCCAUGGCUCAUUCGCAAGGCGAAACCAUCGCGUCUCACCCGCCGUUUAUAUUCGCGGUGGUGGAAGUAUGCUGCAGCUCAGCUACGUCUUUCAUCAUUUCUGCGCGGAGGUCGACACCGCGAUGAAGAGGGUGUACCGUUGUCAGCUCAAGAGGGAUCACAAGCCAGCAAUGAAAACUCGGUAAUUCUAGUCGGCUCUCGGCCCCCCACUGGGAGCUUUGCUAGGGUACCGGCGGACAACCAUGCCAUCAUGUCGACGCCCCUUGUCAUUCGAACGGAUGCGAGUGGAAUGCCUUUUGACGAGCGGGGCCGCCAGGCGAUCAAAGUCCAACACGCAGCCAUUUCCAAGAUGACCGGAACGAAGCCGAAGUACACGAUUGUUUACGUGCCGCCGCAAUUUCGCGUUCGGCUGUGGGCCUUUGUCGCUUCUCUUGGGCUAUCCGCUGCGCUUUUGAUUACGCUCUGCAUGGUCAUUCCACUUCUCCUUGGACGGACAUUCUCAGCGCGCUUCUUGAGCGAUAGGGAGCCGCACGAUGGGCGUGCGUACUUCAUCGGUGCCUGCCUUUCCCUCGCAAUUCUCGCAGCGGCUCGCGGCGUUUCCAAGUUAGUCCGAGGCGAGCAGCCCAAGGAGGAUGCCGACGGGGUGCAGAUCAUUGCCAUCAAGUACGACACUCCGCUAUGGCGUCGGUUGGCUGAGCCCUUUUGUCGUUGGCUCUGCCACGUGGCCGUUGUUCGGUUGACGAUGCCACUCCUUUUUGGUCUCAACUUCCAACAGUAUGUGGAAGUUCCGGUGUUAUUUGGCCUGGAGCACCCAGCACCGACUAUCUCAUUGAUCCAAGCAUGGGAAGUAGGCACCAUGGUACAAAAGAUCGUCCUAUACUCUGUGACCGACGCACAAUACGACGCCUGGAAGGACCAGGAGAUCCCAUUCUUGAGCCUGGUCGGCAGGCUUGCCAUUGCGCUCAUUCUUCCGCCUGUCCUCACUGUUCUCGGCCUUUACGGUGCUCGCAUCGACAUUCCCCGAGCGAAUGGGCAGGCAUACCUGCGCCACUCAUACAUUGCUGCGGCCGCCGUAGCAACCUGCUCGAUCUUUGGCUCGAUUCUGUUCGAACACAUGAAAGGCUGGACCGAUUCGUUGAAGGAUGAGCUUUACCUCGAGCAAACAGAGCUGCUAAAUUACGAAAAGCAGGAUGAGUCCACUGGAGUAAAGGCGUCUGAAUACGAAAACACGGGUCCAAUUCCUGAUGCAUUGCUAGCGGGCCAGCGUCCAGCAGAUCCAAUGUAGCAGCGUCGCUCAGAUGACGCCGUUGAUAGUAAAGGUACACUAUGUUGUAGCGUCGAAGCAUCGUAUUGCAUGCAUCACCAAACGCUGUUUUGAAU